AGAGCAGCUUGACGAUGUGGAAGAUCUUGCUGGUCUUCUUUCUCUCAGAGAGGUUCAUCCUCUCCACAUGCGACCAGCGUCAGUAUCACUUUGUCAGUGGAUCUUUCACCUGGAGCGAAGCUCAGGCCUACUGCAGACAGAAACACACAGACCUGGCCACCAUCCAGAGUCCCACAGAAAUGAAUCAAGUUUUGGAUACGUUGUCAUCUGCUGGUCACACAUCGGAGGUCUGGAUCGGUUUGUACAGUGAGAUCGACUGGAGGUGGUCUGAUGGUUUCACUGGGAACGGGGCUGAAUACAGAGACUGGGAAACCUCUGACCAUGAACCAGAUUUUUAUUAUGCCUAUCAGUUCUGUGUGACAAUUGCUGAAAAUGGAAAAUGUUGGGAUGAUUCCUGCAGCAUCUCAUACCCAUUUAUCUGCUACAACGGCACACAGGAGAAUCCUGAAUAUGUUCUGGUCAAUGAACCCAGAUCCUGGUCCGAUGCUCAGACGUACUGCAGGCAGAACUUCAGAGACCUGGCUACCAUCAGGAACGACACGGAAAACCAGAGAGCUCGGAGUUUGGUGCCUAGUGGGGCCACAGCAUGGACUGGUCUGUUUAGAGAUCCAAACUUUCACUGGUCUGAUGGGAGCAGAUUUGUCUACAGCAACUGGGCACCAGUUUUCAACAUGAUAGGCUCCAACAGAGUCAUUUGUGGUGUAACAUGGAGUUCAGGGAAAUGGAGGUUUUGUUCAUGUGAAUCAAAAAGUUCAUUUGUUUGCCACAGCCUCACAGGCGAGUGUUCAAAUGCUGUUCCCUUAUUGAUGUGCAUGUAGGACAACAUGAGCUGCAGUUUUAAGU